UCACUCAAUCCCAAGAAAGGCCGUUCUUUGCAUUUUCUAUCGUUUCAUGUCUGAGUGAAGGAGGAAACAAACCCCAAAAACCUCUGUAAAACCCAGAAGAUGCAGCUUUCUUCGUUUCCAAUUUCACCUUCCAAAAUCUUCCCUUUCACCAAGUAUCAUGGCCCUCCAGUGAUUAUUCACCAGCUCGCUGCACAGAUACAGACCCACCGUAGCAAUUUCGUGAGUCCUGUCAAAGUCUCUGGCUAUUUCUCAUCGAUUAGCCGAGCAAUUGAGGAAGAAGAAGAGUAUCGGAAAGCACGCGCCGCCGUUAAUCGAAAAGGCGUCGAAUUGGAGAGUUAUGCAAUUGAGGGGAUUUCUGUAGGUGGGCAUGAGACUUGUGUUAUCGUCCCUGAGCUCAAAUGUGUCUUUGAUAUUGGGAGGUGCCCUUCUCGUGCUAUUCAGCAGAAGUUUCUUUUCAUCACUCAUGCUCAUCUUGAUCAUAUUGGAGGGCUACCAAUGUAUGUAGCGAGCCGUGGUUUAUACAAUCUUGAGCCACCGAAAAUAUUUGUGCCACCAUCUAUUAAAGAAGAUGUUGAGAAGCUCCUUGAGAUUCACAGGACUAUGGGUCAAGUAGAGUUGAAUGUAGAAUUGAUACCACUUGAUGUAGGUGAAACUUAUGAGUUGCGGAAUGAUAUUGUUGUUAGACCGUUUGCAACUCACCACGUUAUACCGAGUCAGGGUUAUGUCAUUUACUCGGUGAGGAAGAAGUUGCAGAAGCAAUAUGCUCACCUCAAAGGCAAACAGAUAGAAAAGAUUAAAAAGUCUGGCGUCGAGAUUACAGACACCAUAUUAUCCCCUGAGAUAGCCUUCACUGGAGAUACAACUGCAGAGUAUAUGCUUGACCCUCGUAACGCUGAUGCACUGAGGGCAAAAGUUCUUAUAACCGAGGCAACUUUCUUGGAUGAAAGUUUUAGCACUGAGCAUGCGCAGGCACUCGGUCAUACUCAUAUAUCUCAGAUUAUUGAGAAUGCAAAGUGGAUCCGAAGCAAAACUGUAUUAUUAACGCAUUUCUCAUCACGUUACCACGUAGAGGAAAUCCGCGAAGCUGUGCUUAAGUUGCAAUCAAAAGUAUCCGCAAAAGUUAUUCCUCUUACAGAAGGUUUCAGGUCAAGAUAUUCUUAAGAGAGCUCGAAUGAUAUUGCAAGCAAAAGUAGGUAUUUGAAACAUCUUUGUCUGUAAUUUCUUAGGGAACUCGCUAAUGUAAGUUAACAUGGAGUUAAAUGAAAAAAACAAAUCAAGAUUAUAAGGAUAC